GGAUUUGUCCCUAGAAGACAGAUUUUAACCAACGUCAUCAUGGUGAGAGAGGUCAUGCAAAGAGCUGCAGAUUUCGAUCCACCUUUGAGGGUGCUGUUAUUGGAUUUUGAGAAGGCAUACGACAGGGUGCGUUGGAGCUUUCUAUUGCGAGGCGUGGAGGAAAGAGAGGUGAGACCGAAGCUUAGAGAGGCGGUGCAGAAUCUGUUAGCCUCGGCGGAGGCAACGGUACAUAUUAACGGGUUCAGAUGGCACCCGAUGACAGCCAUAAGAUCUGUGCGUCAAGGCUGCCCUCUUUCGUCGGCAUUGUAUGUUUUGUAUGUGGAACAUCUGCAUGAGAUGCUACGUGAAGAUACACAAAUCCGGGGCCUUCCCCUUCUGCGUGAAGAGGAUCUGAAAUCUAACAGUUUUGCAGACGAAACGGAGACUUUUGUCGAGUGUUUAGAAGAUAGUGUAUUGGCGGUGAGAGAGCAGGUUCAAUUAUUUGAGAAAUAUGCGGGGGCGAAAGUGAACUGGAAGAAGUCGGUAGUGAUGUUAUCGGAGGAGGGAGGGGAGGAGCAUUUCGCAGAUAUGAGAACGGUGCGAGGGGAUCAGAACACUAAAUACUUGGGUGCUCUUCUCCCGACGGCAUUGACUACAGGUACACAGAUGGAGACCCUGCUGAUGGAGGCACUGAUGAAAAUGAACCGAUGGGCGGAGAGAACCGACGUGGGAGUCAUGGGACGGGUGUUGGUAGCCAACAAUGCAAUCUCAUCCACGAUGUGGUACGUGGUGCCACUGUCAGAUCCUGGGAAGAGGGCAUGGAGGGAAUAUAAUUUGGGAUUGAGAAGAUAUCUAUGGAAAAACGACCCGCAUAUACUGCAUUUGAUCUACAGGGUCAGAUGGGAGAAGUUGACUCAACCCCGGAAGUGGCUCAACUGCGGGGUGUAUAGGGUGGGGGAUCUGUCGGAAGAGGAGAAGGGAGGAUGGAAAGAGGAGGAGCAAUUGGAGAUGGCUCUUAGGCAUCAGCCGGACAGAUCGAUGAGAUUGGCCAGGUUAAGACACACGGUACCGACUAAUUGGAUACAGAGACUGCAAACCAAUGGGAGGGCCGAAGGGGAGUGGGUGACCCUUAAUUUGGAAGAUCCGCCAACAGUGCUCUUCAGAAUAAAGGUGCAGGGACUCGAGAAGUCCAUACCGCAUUUGUGGUUGGACUGUGAGCCACAAAGACUUUUUUGGGAAUGGUGGGGAACAGUGGGGGUGCAAAUACCGCUUCAUCCGGGAUCCACGAACCAUAGAGCGGCGGUGAUGGUUGGACAGUUGCUGGCAGGUAGAGCGAACCGCCCUGUGCAGGCGUACGCGGGAGUUGUGGUCAGAGGGGCCCUUUGGGGAGCAUUGGGGGCAAUGAGGGGGAGAACAUUGAGGGAAGGGGUGACUUUGAGGCAUUGGUUUUUUACCAAUCUGAGGAUUGCUGUGAUGGCGGACAUACAAAGAAGACAGAAUGGGAGCUGGCAAUUUCUCAAGGAUGCGUGGGAACACUAUACGGACUUGCUGUGGAUAGGGGCGGAGACGGGCCAGUGGGAAUGGAGCAACAACUUUGUGAGGAAACAGGAAGGCAACUCAACCGGGAACAGAUCUGGGGGAUCGACACAGGGAGAGAGCUACACAAUCGAGAACGAGGGGGUGCGGACACAAUUGGGAGGGACCGAAGACACGCAAAUGGGGUGCGAGAAUGUCUGUGAGGGGGAAACCAUAAAUGGGACUGCACCAGAGGUGUCAACAGAAGAGGGGGGAGCUGAUGGUGUAUAAGCUGGGGAAGGGGGGAUGGGAAGAUCCAUGUCGACAGUGGCAUUGUUAG